AUGUUAUUUUUAAAUUUAUAUUCUCCAACCCAAUUCAUCAUGAUUAUUUGUACUGUUGGCUACUUAAUUAUAUCUGAACAAACUGCAUCAUCAGUGAUUAAAAAUGGAUCGUAUACAUAUUCAAUUAACAGUAAAUCAUCGGAAUAUUUAAAGAUGAAUAGUUUGCAACGACGGAACUUUAAUUCUCCUGAUAAAUUAAAACUUAAAUCCGAUCUACACCAAAUUCAUCGUGUCAAUCGUUCCAGAAAAGAUGCUAAUACUAGACUGCCAUCUGUUGAGGAAUGCAUAUCAGAUCAAUAUAACUAUGCUGUCAUAAAAGGUUGUUUAUGCUAUUUAUUUCAAAGUACAGGAUUAAGUAAUGGAACAUUUGAGUAUCUGACAAAGAUACAAAGAAAAUUGUUUUGGAAUACAACAAAAUGUCUUAUUUAUACAUUUGUUGGAGAUAUAAAAGAAAUUGUACACAUACGAUUACUAGAAUUCAGUCUGACGAUGAGGAGGAGAGAUUCUGUAGAAAAGAAAUGCACAACAAAAUUCAAUGUUUACCAUCAGUUGGAACGAGCUGAACUGAUUAAUGGUGACAAACCAGACUAUGUAUUAUGCGGGACUCAUUUAAAUCAAUUACCAGUAGAUGAAUUCUAUUCAAUUGGACGUGUGUUGAUCAUUGAAAUAAACGAAAUCAUUGGAACAAUUGACAACAGACAAAAAUUUAUCGGGUUAUUUGAAUUUUUAGAUAAAGAUGCAUAUCGAAGUGAUGGACUCCCGAUUAAGUCAACAAAAUGCGACCGAAUAUUUUUCAGUUCAUCAUAUGGAACACAAAAUGAAAGUGUGCAACCACCACACUACCCCAAUACUGAUCAACAAAACAAUGAAGGAUUAUUUUUAUACUCUAAAACAAAUGGGAAAUUUUUCAGUCCAAAUUAUCCACAAUUUUAUAACGCAUCAAUGACAUGUAAAUAUUACUUUCUAGCUGGGAUAAAUGAAAGAAUUUUAAUUAAAUUAAAUCGUAUUCACCUGUGGAGUUACCAAACUUGUCAUUCCAGCCCACAACGUGAUACAGUUCAUUUUCAUGAAAUCACUACCCCAUUAACUGACUCGUAUUCUGGUAUCCAGUUAAACAACAUUGCCAAAACACCACCUGUCUAUACACUAGGUAAACGUUUAUUAUUCUUAUGUGGCUAUGAAAAGGAAGCUGAAGUUGUCUCAGAUGGACUAUUUGUUAUGCUUACACUGCAAACACAUGAUAAAAGUUUCGGUGCACGAGGAUUUGAAGGCAGUUACCAUUUUUUAAGUAAAGAAAAGUCAGUCAGUCAGCAUAACAAGAACCGUAAAAUUGACGAGGAGUUGUACAGAGAUCCAGCUGUCAAAGAGUUAACAACUACUGAAUCCGAUAAAGAAUUUCUCUAUUCAACAAAUCAAGCAUAUUUGGAUGAACCCUUCAAACCUCAAGGCACAAUAGAAUCACCAAAUUAUCCAUCAGUUUAUCCGAAAAAUACUAGAUUUUUAUACAUCAUAAACAUUCAAGUUGGAAAAUCAGUUCAGUUGAAGUUUUUAGACCUUCAGUUGGGAGACAGUUUAACAAAUACCAAAUGUUCUCAACAGACUGGUGAUCGUAUCGAGAUUUAUGAACAUAAUUAUUCAAAUAGGCAUCAACCGAAACUGAUUUUAUGUGGCAAAUCAACAUAUGAAAAUGAAAUUCUAAUCAAUAAUCCUGGGGAUGAAAUGACUCGUGUAUAUAUCUUAUUUAAUACUGAUUCCAUAAUAACAAAGGAUGAACAUGGCUUUGUUUUAUCUUACAAAUUUAUGUAUCAAAAUCUUUCAGUAUCCUUCAAUACAAAUUAUUACAAUUAUAAUGAUAAUCAUAACAACAAUAAGUAUAAUCUUGUUCGUAAAGAUUUAUCUGAUGAGACAACUGAAAUGAUGUCUAGAAGUGAAGAUCAAUGUCAGUUUACAAUCACCAGUAACGGAAAAGAUUCAAAUGGUUACAUCCAAAUGCCUCGUGAUUUUAUUAUUGGACAAAAGUCAUUUGAAUCGGGUGUCCACAAUAAAUUCAGCAGUUGUAUAUGGAGGCUUCAAGGUGGUUAUGGACAACGUAUACAAAUACGCUUUGUAAAACGCUUAGAAAGCCUAUCAUAUAAAUUUCAAAACCUAUUCAAUAAUCAGCACAAGAGCGUUGAAACAGAUGAUGUACAUGGACCCGAAUCAUCUUUUAUCAAUAGUUUACGGUGUCCCACCUCUGUGACACUGGAACUAGUCAACUAUCGUCCAAACAUUUUGACUACAAACAACGAUAUAAGUAAUCUGUUGAACAGUAAGUUUAAAACAAAUUCUGCAUCACAACAGAAAUAUUCACCAAUGAACUUAGAAACCAUUUUUGUCCCUUCGUCAAUAUCAGUAUCAUCUACAUCUCAAUCCACAGAUUCUAAUCAUCAGUUUCCUAUACCAUCAGAUCCUGUUCGCUUGUGCGCUGGCGAUUUUAUGAUUUAUUCACCAGCUAGUAAAGGUUUCAUGUCUGGAAGUAUUCCACGUUUGGAUAUAAUUCUUCGAAUCAAUCAAUCUGUUGGUAAUGUGAAUAGCGAUAGAUUUGCCGAACAGAAUUAUGAAAGUCUUUCAUUUCCAAAUCUUGGAUAUGAUGUACGGUACAGAUUUGUAACUGAUUACGGUGUGACAACCUCUUUCGGAAAUCAACGGAAACCUGGUUGCUUCUUUGAGUUUAAGCAAUCACAAUCAACAAAAGGGAAUUUUUCUUCACCAAACUAUCCUGGAUUAUAUCCUAUCGAUUUAAUUUGUGAAUAUCGGUUUUUUGGUAUAAAUGUGAAGAGAAUUGAUAUAACAUUUUUAGAAUUCGAUGUGGAAAGUACUUCUAAGACUUGUACAGACGAUUCUAUGGGUGAUAGUGUGGAGAUUAGCAGCUGUUAUCCGGUUGAAUUAUUGACCACACCGAAACGUCGUCUGUGUCAUAAACAAAGUCAAUUGAACCCAUAUAAAAUUCAAUGGUACGAACCAUGUUUAAAUUUGAAGUUUUUCUCCAAUGGAAUGUAUGUCCGAACAGGAUUCUUCGGUGUCUAUGAGUUCCAUGACGCUGGUCAAAUAGGAAGAAAAAUCAAUCGAUUGUUGAUAAUAUUUUUAUGUUUCAUUGUGAACAGUUUAUCUCACCUGAUCAUAUUUAUUUCACAGUGA